AUGGAUUCAGAUUCGGAGUUGAAGCUUGUUUCACUCAUCUCUCAGCUACUGAAUAUCCCCGACGUUUAUGCUCCCGAUUGGGAGUCGAAGAUAAUAUCACUGUCUAUUCAAAUAACCUCUCUGGUCAAGUCAAUGGAUUUCGCUUCGCAGCCGAAGCCCGAGUCAAAGCUCAUGUCACUCGUUACUCAAACGGUCUCUCUUUUCAACUCCAUGGAUUUGGAUUCCUUGCCGAAGCCGCUGUGGAAGAUCAUAUCACUCAUUUCUCAGAGAAUGUCCAUUGACUCGGACCAGAAGCCGAAGUCUGGUUUUAAUUUGCACUCACUCGUUGACCAAACGCUGGAACUAAAGACAGAACCGGAUCUCAUAUCACUCAUCCGUCAGAUCGUCUUCAUCGUCAUCUCUAUGAAUCAAAACUCGAAGAAAUUUAUUUCCUUGUGCCCUCAACUACAAGGAGAGUUCAGUGGAGGGAAAUUUGAAGCAUCGCGCAGCCAGGAGAUUACAGGUUUCAAGUGGAGUUGUUUCAUUGGAAACUGGGAUAUAUUAGCUGUAACAGGAAGAAGAGGAGAAGAUGCCACUCAUUUCCUCUGUAGAGGGUGCCAUGGCAAGCAACAUCAAGAAUAUGAAAAGGUUCCAAUCGAGAUCAAACACCCUCUUCAUCCAAAUCAUUCCCUUCAGCUUGUGUGGAAUUGGUUAAAUCAAACCAGAAAAUGCUAUUGCUGUGAUGAAGAUCUCAUAGAGGUUUUUUACUACUGCAAGACAUGCGACUAUGCGAUGAACAUAGCUUGUGUUGAGAAAUCACCACUCUCACAUAAAGAUUGUCCCAAGUGGCAUGAGCAUACGCUUGCUUUAUUUCCAAGAAGAAAGGCUUCCUUAAACUGCAACAUCUGCUCCUUGGCCGAUUCAAGCUCUCCUCUCUACAUGUGUCCCCCUUGUGACUUUGUGGUUCAUCAAAAAUGUUUCACCUUGCCACAUCUCAUAAGGAUAUGUCGCCAUCCUCAUCGUAUCUUGUUUACGCCUUCUUUUGACGAAAGAGAUUGGUCUUGUAGUAUCUGUCGCAGAAAGAUAGACAAUGAGUACGGAGGUUACUCUUGCACCAAGGACGGUUGUUUGUAUGCGGCUCAUUCAAGAUGUGCUACACAGAGCAAUGUCUGGGAUGGCACAGAUCUUGUGGGGGUGCCAGAAGAAACUGAAGAAGAGAUUGUUGAGCCGUUUGUGAGGAUAAGCGAUGGAAUCAUACGACAUUUCAGCCAUGAACAUCAUCUUUUGAGACUCGAUGAGAACACUCACAGAGAUUAUGAUGAGAAUAGGCAGUGUCAAGCAUGCAUCACGCCGAUCUAUUUCGGGCGAUUCUACUCUUGUGUGCAAUGUGAGUUUGUUCUGCAUGAAACAUGUGCUAAUCUUUCUCGAAAACUAUAUCACCCAACACAUCCACAUCUGUUCACGCUAGCUCUAAUCGGAGGAACAGAGAAUGUUGUAAACUUCAAGAAUCUAUGUUUCACUUGUGGUAGGCUCGUCACAGCUGGUUUCUUCUAUGAGUGCAGAAAAGAAGAAUGUAAAUUCAAGCUGCAUGUACACUGUGCCACAAUUUCUGAGCCAUUAGUACGUGAAAUUCAUGCACAUCCUUUAUUCCUAACAUCCAAACCAGAAGAGAGGAGAGAAUGUUGUCUUUGCUAUGAAUUAAACAACAAGUACACGACUGAUACAUUCAACUGCAUCGAGUGCGAUCGCUUUUCUAUGUGUUUCCGUUGUGCUGCUAUACCUGAAAAGGUGAGGCAUAAGCAUGAUAAGCAUAUCCUCACUCUUUCUUAUGGGGAGGAGACAAGUACCACAAAGAAGUCGCUUGUGGUGGAUUGCGAAAAGAUAACAAAUCUGGCAGAGUGGUUUUAUAUGUAUAACGAGGACAGAAGAACCACAGGGAAUUGGUGCGAGGGUUGCGAGAGGAAAAUAGAGCCGAAAGAGUGGUUUUAUAUGUGUGAUGAGGAUUGUUGUGUCACCCUACACAUGGAAUGUUUGAUUGGGAGGGACUUGUACCUGAAGCCUGGUUCAUCGUUUACCACCGAGGAGGAUGUUCGGGUAAGUGUUCUGCCCAACAAUCAUCACAUGUCUCGACCUAUUUGCUCCAGUUGUGAAAAGCGUUGUUCACACAAAAUAGUUUUUCAUUGUUCUGCAUCAAUAUUUUGUUGCCUAACAUGUUGGGCGCGCGGCACACGUUGA